CAAUAUUGAAUGGAACAAUUCACUCAGCUUUGGUUGUAUUGUUGAUCGAAAUUCUGAUAUAAUUUUUGGAAAGUUGGCAGAAGAGCAAAAGAAGAAUUUGAGAGAAAUCAUAAAUUUGGCAUAUGAUCAAUACGAAAUAAGCCCCAUUAUUUCCGAAUUGAUUAAAGAAAAUGAUGAGGAGUUUGAAGACAUAUGCGUGAUGCAUACUCAGUCUGACAUAUCUGGUGCUACUUUAACGAUGAAAACAAGGCUGAAAACACAGAGGAGACAUAUAUGCUAUGGGCAUGUACAUUUUUAUGAUAAGGAAGAGACUUCCUGCUUUUACUAUGGAUUGGCUAAUAAACCACCAGAAACUGGUCCUUCUGAUAGAGAUGUUAUAUUUAUCAAACUUAAAAUUAUUUGGGCCAAAAAGGUCUCUGAGGCAUCCCAACAUUGGAUGGAUAAUUCUGGAGAAAUCAGAAUUGGACACAACCCCAAUUUUCAUGUGAAGUCUCCACUGAUUGCUGGUGAAGUGGAAAUCUGUCUCAUGGAGGCCUCACAUGUUCUCCCGACUGUUGAUCAAGCUUAUGAAAGAUGCUCAUGUGGGACUGGCUUAUUGUUUACUGAUUGGAUCUCAAAAAAUAUUUGA